GUCUUCGAGACAAGAAUGAUAGAAGCCUAGGAAGAGACAAAAGUAGCAAUGAUCUUGAAAAACCUCUUCUAGCAUUUCUCUGCUAUCAGCGGGAGACAAACAAAAAGCUUCUUCCUCUUGAGUGAAUUUGAUUUACAUGUAAAUUGCUUAGGGUUCAAGCUGCCUGUGGAAAAUUUUGUUUUUAUACUGAUGAUUUACAGGUGGCUGCCUGUACAUUGAGGAUUCAACUGCUAUAUUGAAGCUAUAAGGGAUGGCGACUUCAAAUGGCGGAUAUCUUCAUGCCAAUAACAAUCCUCCUGUCCCCGGCCCGACUCUACUUCCACCAUGGCUCUCCAAUUCCAAUGAGAAUCCCACCCUCAGGCCACCCUCCCCAUCUGUCACCCUGAGUCUCUCUCCUUCGACAGUUGCCGCCACUCCAAUCCCAUGGCUCCAACCCCAUGCUUCCUCUUUGACUCUAGCCAACUCCCUCUCUCGCGGGCCUGGCCCUGCCUCCGGAGAGAACGCACUGUUCUCUGAGCUCGUGGAGUGCUCGAGGGAGCUGGAGGAAGUGCAGCGCGCCAUGGCGGCCCACAGGAAGGAGGCGGCAUGGGGGAUGAGGAGGACGGAGAUGCAGCUGGAGUCGGAGCGGGCCCGGCGGAGGAGGGAGAAAGUGGAGGAGAUCGAGGCGAAGAUCAGCGCGCUCAGGGAGGAGCAGAAGGUGAGCUUGGAGAGGAUCGAGGCGGAAUACAGGGAGCAGCUGGCGGGUCUCCGGAGGGAUGCUGAGGCUAAAGAGCAGAAGCUGGCCGACCAAUGGGCUGCGAAGCACAUCCGGCUUUCAAAGUUCGUCGAGCAAAUUGGGUACCGACCAAGGGUUGCCGAGCCAAGCGGGCGUUGAGGAAUUUAAGUACAUUUCGCUUGCUUAGCUGCAAUACCCUCCUCUUUCACUGCCAAAAGACCUGUUUGAUUGCAAUUGUGAUAGGUGAAGCAUUUCAGGAUCUGGCCAAAUCCUUUCUCGAGGCUUUGAAUCAUUGAAAUUGAUGUCCUAUCCUGACUUCAUGUAUGAACCUGAGCUUUGUUGUUUUCUCGAACUGUUGCAUCUUAUUUUUGUCAGAUAUUAUCAUGGUGGGUUGUCAAA